ACAGGUUGUCGCCUGUCAAGCUUCGGUUAAUUUUUAUUUGUCUCUAAUUACAAAAGCUAUUAUAGUAUAAAAGUAAUAUAUACUGAUUUAAACAAGUUACUAUAUUUCCAUACUAGUAAAUAUGUGGAAACAUUCUACGAAAAUCAUUAAACUGCAAAGUCCAGGCAGUCAGCUGUGUGUUGCUAGGAAUUUAUCAGUGUGUGGAAAACUCAAUCAGCAGGCCCAGUUGGAAAUUGUGGGGACAUCUCGCAUAGAUGAGAAAUGGCAGCAGGCCAAAACCUAUGGAGAAAUGCCAGGACCGAGUUCCUUGCGCAUGAUAUCUUAUUUUAUGCCAGGAGGAGCCCUUCGCAACACAAAUUUGAUUCAGAUGAACCGCCGCAUGAGAGAGAUGUAUGGGGAUAUAUACUGUAUACCCGGAAUGAUGGGCAAACCUAACGUAGUCUUCACCUAUAACCCAGAAGACUUUGAGGUGACCUACCGCAAUGAGGGAAUUUGGCCCAUUCGCAUAGGAUUGGAGAGCUUUAAUUACUAUCGCAAGGUUCAUCGACCUGAUAUUUUUAAUGGCGUUGGUGGCCUGGUCUCUGAUCAGGGCCAGGCCUGGGCUGACUUUCGCAACAAGGUAAAUCCAGUUCUCAUGAAAGUGCAGAAUGUCCGACAGAAUCUACCGCAGCUCGACCUAAUAGCAAAGGAGUUUAUAGACAAAUUGGAAACUCAAAGGAAUCCAGAAAACCACACUCUGCUCGCUGACUUUCAUAAUGAGCUUAAGAUGUGGGCCUUCGAGUCCAUUAGCUUUGUGGCUCUAAAUACGCGCAUGGGAUUACUAAGUGAUCAGCCAGAUCCCAAUGCUGAUCGUCUGGCCAAACACAUGGGUGACUUCUUCAACUACAGCUUUAAGUACGAUGUGCAGCCCUCAAUUUGGCCUUUUUACAAAACCCCUGGCUUUAAGAACUUCCUCAAAACCUAUGACGAUAUAGCCGAGAUAACCACGAAUUAUAUAGAGACAGCCAUGAAAAGCUUUAAGAGUAAUGAAGAUCGCAAGACCAAGUGCGUUUUGGAGCAGCUGUUGGGACUGAAUAAACAAGUGGCUGUGGCUAUGGUUAUGGACAUGCUAAUGGCUGGAAUCGAUACGACCUCUUCUGCUUGUCUUACGAUCCUCUAUCACUUGGCUCGCAAUCCCUCCAAACAAGAUAAACUGCGUCGGGAACUGAUUCGUAUAUUGCCCGAAUCCAAGGGCUCCUUGACGGAUGAGAGUACCAAAAACAUGCCCUAUUUGCGAGCCUGCAUUAAGGAGGGCCUGCGCAUCACUUCUAUUACCCCUGGAAACUUCAGAAUUACCACCAAGGAUUUAGUGCUGUCGGGUUAUCAAGUGCCUCGUGGCACUGGAGUCCUGAUGGGCGUCUUGGAGCUAUCUAAUAGUGAUGAUUACUUUGCCAAGAGUUCUGAUUUCACACCAGAACGUUGGCUUAAGUCCGAUUUAGCUCCAGAUAUCCAGGCAUGUCCAGAGGCCCGAUCGCGUAACCCCUUUGUAUACCUACCUUUUGGUUUUGGACCUCGCACCUGUAUUGGCAAGAGGAUCGCGGAGCUGGAAAUUGAAACGCUUCUAGUGCGACUUCUCAGGAACUACAAGAUCAGCUGGCUGCCCGAAACUCCGCUGCAAUAUGAGAGCACAAUUAUCCUGGCCCCCUUUGGUGAUAUUCGCUUCAAACUGGAGCCAGUCGGUGAUUCAAUGUGAUAUGUAUCCUAAGCUCAAGUACAGACUUCCGGUUAAGUUCAGAGA